AUGGUUGGUCUGAAGAAACUGAAGCUUUCUGCAUCGCUGAUCAACAGCACAAUUUCAAAGGUUGGUGUUAAGUGCACCAGGGAGGCGAAGGAGCUGCUGUCAGAAUCUAUGGUUAUCUCUGCAGCGUUUCUGUUUGCAUGUAUCGACCAUUUUGCAAAUGAAAAUACUGAGGAGGAAGCCGCCCUCGCAUGUGUUCUGAAGGCUCUUAAGAUUCCGAUAAGUUCUGAUGAAUGCUGCGGCCCAAUUUCAAAGAGCUAG